AUGAGUGCCAUUCACAUUAAGAAAGCACGCCAACAUCCUCAUCUGAAAGUCCUGUUUGCUGUUGGAGGCUGGGAGAACUCCCAGUACUUUUCGUUGCUCACAGCCGAUCAUCCUCGAAGAACAGUUGUGAUUAACAAUAUCAUAGACAUCAUUUCGAAAUACGGAUUCGAUGGGGUCGACUUGGACUGGGAGUAUCCUGUGACAGGAGGAGCUGUUGAGGGCACUCCGAACUGUUAUCUUUUCCAUCAGGCUGAUCGGAGGAACUACGUGCAUCUGAUGAGGGAGCUGCGAAAUAGAUUCAAGGAACUCGAGGAGCAGCAAGGAAGAACCUCAGGAUAUCUUAUUUCUUUCGCAGGAGCUGCAGGACAUUGGGUUCUGAAACCUGGCUACGAUCUUGUCCAGUUGAUCAAAUACGUUGAUUUUGUUAACGUGAUGUCAUACGACUAUUUCGGUGCAUGGCAAUCGAAAUGGGGAGCGUUCACCGGUCCACCGGCACCGCUAUUUUUUGCUACACCACCAAAGUACAGGGAGUCAGACGUGUUAUAUAGUCCCCGAGCA